AUACAACACCUGUGCUUUAAUACCGCAAGAACUUACUGUGACACGGACUCUAAUAUUGAUGCAUCUUUAUUACAAUUACGGACAUUGCCUUCGGGGAUAUGUAUACUAUGUUGGCAUGUACCAGUGGAAAGGCCAGUCAUCGGAGAGAGCAGCAGUGGAAGUAGCAUGGCGGAGACGGCGUCACUAACUGGCAGUCCGAAGUACCUGCACAAAAAGCGCCGACUCUCGCGCCUCCUCGACAAGCUGGCGGUACAGUUACAGAACAACAAUCAUUACCCGCUACCCCCUUGGCUCAUGUUCGAUCCCCCUUACUACGAACCCAAGACGCAGGAAGAAGCUCCGCUUGAUCUUUCCGUGAAAUCGGAGCAGCCAAAGGUGGAAAAGGAGCCGGGUGGAUACAGUUGCGCUACUUGUGGCCAGACUUUCGCCCUUCACGAUAGACUCGCUAAGCACAUCGCUUCCCGACACGCGGACAAAACUCCGGAAUCGGCGCGCGCUUAUGAGUGCGAGAUCUGCCGGCGGCGAUUCGCUCGCUCCGAUAUGCUGACGCGGCACGCCCGCCUGCACACCGGCAUCAAGCCAUACUCGUGCUCAGCGUGCGGGCAGGUGUUCUCGCGCUCUGAUCACUUAGCGACGCACCAGCGCACACACACCGGCGAGAAGCCGUACCGUUGCCCAGUCUGCCCGUACGCCGCUUGCCGGCGCGACAUGAUCACCCGCCACAUGCGGACACACUCGCGCCCGCACUGUCGCUCUCAGCCACGUCCUCAGCCCGCUGAAAUCUGAAAGCGCUUUCAACACCCUGCCAAGGGCAACACUCAACUAUACAAAU